GAAUACAUAUUGGAACACAGUUCGCAUGUAUCCAUCGAUCCAGACGGUUUCAAGAAUGCAAUCAAAAAUAUUGUAAACACGCAUCUUCAAAGUAGAACCAAUGUGAAUUUUUAAAAAAAAUUUUAAAAAAUAUUUAUACACAAGGCGCAUGAAAUAAUGGUUGCAAUUAAAGAAGACUCGUUGAAUGAUCACUUAAAAAUAUUACAGGUGAACGUAAGUACCGUUGUGUCUGAAUUGUUUUCUGCCAUGGUUCGGCAUCGAGUUAAGCAAGAUGGAACCUUCAUCAACGUGAUUCUCAGUAUGGUAGUAAUUGAAGGCCUUGGUCGAAGUCUGGAUCCGAAUAUCGAUAUCUUCACAGAAGUUAUACCGUUUAUUUUUACAAAUACAACAUUGUGCCAUGAUUAAAUUAUGAAAUAUCGUUUGAAAUAUACGAAUAGCAAAACGCGCAUUAAUCGGGGAUAAACGUUUAAAGCAAAUUUUAAAAUUCUUUGCUAUCAAAAUAUAUAGCUUUUUAUCUUGUAAAUUUUUUUUGUUUAAACUUUACUAUAUAAAAGAGCAGUUGCGAAAAGUGAAGCUAUGAAAAGAAAAAUUGUUUUAUUAUUGUUAAUUUGUUGAAUAUGUGCGGCAAUCUUCAUCACUGAAUAAGGUAUCGCACGAGAAAGUCCCGUUUUAAUGACAAGUCAUUAUACGAGUCCUGAGAAGGAUUCCAAUUUUAAAACAGGCCAGUUACCCAUGAUCACUUCCUGGUUGGUCGACCAUCCUCGGUUCAACGAUAUAGCUUCCAUAUAUGUGUAUGUACAUAUGUAAUGUAUAUUCGUAAAUAUUCGAGUUAUAUUUUGAUCAUUCUUUUAAGUCUUUCGUAUAUGUAUAUAUUUUUGUAACUAUAGCAAGAUUAGAAUAUAUAUU